AUGAAGCAACUGUUAGUGACAACUGGAGCCACAGUAACAUUCAUCAAACUCAUACGGUAUACAUUAUCACCACGAUUCGUGAAUGAACUCUUCAAGUUGAAAUUCACAGAUCAUGUUGUUCAGUAUGGAAAGUCUGCUGAAGCUGAAGUUCUGGUAAGGUCAUUCCUCGAUAAGCUCGCAAAAGUCUUUACUUCAAAAGAGGGUCCUGAAAGCGAUUCGGAUGGAGUGAUAAAUUUAACCAUAGAAUAUAAAAAAGCGGUUUUAAAAAUUAAAUGCAUCAAAUUUGACAGAGAUUUGGUGCAAAAGUAUACCUCGAAAUCAGACCUUGUGAUAUCACACGCUGGUACCGGUUCCAUUCUUGAUUCUUUGAGAAUGAAGAAGAAGCUUGUGAUUCUUGUCAAUGAUAAGCUUCAGGAUAAUCAUCAGCUUCAAAUUGCCAAAGCAUUUGAAGAAAAAAAGGUUCUCCGGGUAGCCAGCACUGAUUUUGAUGAGUUUAUUCGACUUGUAGCCAAUGUUGAGCACGAAGAGUUUACACAGUUAUCCGAACCACGGGGUUCGGUGAUUGAAGAUAUAUUAUUGGCUGAAAGUACGUAA